GUGUUUGAAGACAUUAGUUACUCAUGUUUUUAUAGUUUCAUUAAGCUGAAGCUUAAACCUUUCAAAGUUUCUAUCCUAUAUUUCUUUUAUUCUUUCUUUUGUGUAUGUAUAUGUGUGUACACACACAUCUAUGUUCACACUGAGGGUUGAGCCCAGGGUGCUCUACCUCUACCACUGAGCUACACUCCAGCCCUUUUUAUGUUUUGUUUUGAGAUAUAAGACCUUACUUAAUUGCCCAGGCUAUCCUAGAACUUGUGAUCCUCCUGCCUCAGCCUCCCAAGUUGCUGGGAUUACAUACUUGCACCACUGUGCCUGACUUCUAGGCCAUUUUUCUGUAUUUGGUAGGGUUCAGUUGCAGAAGCAGCUCUAGCUGGCUUGCCAGGGGCAGAUACUUAAUAUGGAGAAUUAGGUACAUUCGGCCUUUUUAAAAGGUCUGGAGGAACAGGAUGUUUGCUGGAUUUCCAAGUACAGCACUCAGCUGUGGAGUUGGUAGAGCCAGUCUGCAACAUCUGCCACUGUUAUCCGGUACUGAAAGACAGACAUCUACCAUUGGGAAAAGCUCUUUCUGUAGCAGUUGGUGGGAAAGUGGGCUGAAUGUUAGAAUAAUACAUAGGAAACAAUAUGGCAACAAAAGAAAUACAUUGCUUUGUCAGCAAAUGCUUUUGGAGUAUUCCAUAGAAACAAUUGCAGGAGAUUUGAAAAAUAAAUGAUCAGAAUAAAUCAUGGGGUGUUUGCUCUGGUAUGAUGGAAGGUGGUGUUUGUAACAGGAGUAAUCCUGUGCCUUUGCUAGAUUCUGAUGAAAUGCUUUUUUGGGGGGAUAUGGGGUGAGGCAGAGCAUGUAUAUUCUGAAGUUAUUUCUUAUGUAGCGGUUUUGUAGUAAAACUAGAACUAAGUGGUGAGGGGGAAGGCCCCUCUUUUUCACGUGUUGGGAAAUUGAACCUCCUAGAUAAGUGCUCUACCACUGAGCUACAUCUCAUGCACCAGAGCAGCUUCUUCGUAAUUAAAAAAAAAAAAAAAAAAAGGCUUCCUGGCUAAGAUAGGACUGCCGAAAAAGCAAUACAUGACACACAGGAGAGUGCCUACAGCAAUCCCAAAACCUUUACAGAGUGCUAAAUCUUUACAAUAUUUUGUAAUGAGGUGGGAGUGACUAUGAAAAUACUUGCAAGACACAGAGGUUUGCUGGUUAUCUUGUGGUGGGUUAAAAGUGUUGCCUGUUCAGAUGAAGUAUUUUUCUUUUACAUAAAGAUGAAUGGUCUAAAUUGCUAACCUUUUCUGUAAUAAGUGGCUGUCAGUAGAAAGUUACUUAGCAAAUUCAGUAUUUUUGAGAAAAAUAAACAUAUAAUUUUACCUCUCAAGGUAAAGGUGACAUUUUAACAAUGAGUAGAAAAUUGCUUUUUGAGAAAAAUUUGCUAUAAUGAAUGUUUUGAAAUAGAUGUUUAGAAUUGUCUCCACUGUGUUGUGUAUUUGCUAAGAAUAAUAUAAAUGGUCAUCUUACUGAACACUUAAACUUGGGAAUGAGUUUUUCAGCUUGUUUAAAAGCUUCCUGUUAUAACAGUAGAUUUUCGAACUUUUUUAUUAAGAAUACAGAAACAUGAUACUCUCUGGUCACCAUGUAAGAACAAGAACCUCUUGUGAGGAAGAUGUGAAUUGACUAGUUGAAUUUCAUCAAAGCCCUUGCACAAUAUGUGGAUGGGUUUGGAAACCAACUGUCCUGAGCUAACUCCUUUUAGUUUUGGCAUGAAUCAUAGGACACCACCCUACCCCGCUGGGGAUUAUUGUCUUCUGUGCAGAAGUGAACGGAAAGACCCUUCAUUCUUAGAGAGUGGAAUUAAGACUGCGAGCAAAUUGGCCCUUUCCAUGGCACCCAAGGGCAACAGCGUGCUGCACCUGCCGCUGUGGGUGUGCCCGGACUGCCGGAGAACUGUGGAGAAGGAGGAGAGGCAUGGCGGCCUUGACCAGCCGCAGGGCCAAGAUUUUCUUCUUCACUCACCACUGGGGGGCUCUCAGCCUGAGGCUGGUGGCACAGGGAGGCUGGCUCUGGGCACACAGACACUGCCCUCUACAGGGUUGGGCGCCACGCCCUCGGAGGCUGCCUGCUCCUGCGAAGCCUGCAGUGAGCGCAGAGAAAUUUCGGCAGAGAUGGAUCGGGAACCUCAACAGCUGCAGAACUACUGGUCAGAAGUGCGCUACAUGGUCCGCUGCAUCUACCGCCAGGCGGGGACACCACUGGCAGACGACCAGGACCAGUCUCUGGUACCCGACAAGGAGGGAGUGAAGGAGCUCGUGGAUAGGCUCUGUGAGCGGGACCCCUACCAGCUAUACCAACGGUUGGAGCAGCAAGCCCGGGAGUAUGUGCUAGAGAUGAAGGUCCGCCUGCUUCGGCAGUUGUCAGCCGCAGCAAAGACAAAGGCGCCAUCUGGCCUGCAGGGCCCACCUCAGGCACACCACUUCAUUUCGCUUCUCCUCGAGGAGUAUGGCGCUCUCUGCCAGGCCGCACGCUCCAUCAGCACUUUCCUCAGCACUCUGGAAAAUGAACACUUGAAAAAAUUCCAGGUGACCUGGGAACUGCAUAAUAAACACCUGUUUGAAAAUCUGGUCUUUUCGGAGCCACUUCUCCAGAGCAACUUACCAGCAUUGGUGUCACAGAUCAGGCUGGGGACCACCACACAUGACACCUGCAAUGAAGACACAUAUAGCACCUUGCUGCAGAGGUUCCAGCGCUCUGAGGAGGAGCUGCGCAGAGUCGCGGAGCAGUGGCUGGAGUGCCAGAAGAGGAUUGAUGCCUAUGUGGACGAGCAGAUGACAAUGAAAACCAAACAGCGCAUGUUAACGGAAGACUGGGAGAUAUUUAAACAAAGGCGAUUCAUUGAAGAACAGUUAACCAAUAAGAAAGCGGUUACUGGCGAGAACAACUUCACAGAUACCAUGAGGCACAUGUUGUCAUCACGACUGAGCAUGCCUGACUGCCCCAACUGCAACUACAGGAGAAGAUGUGCUUGUGAUGACUGCAGCCUCUCACACAUCCUCACUUGUGGUAUCAUGGACACCCCCGUCACUGAUGACAUCCACAUUCACCAGCUACCACUCCAAGUGGAUUCUGCUCCCGACUAUCUCUCUGAGAUGCGCCCACCUAGCGUGUCCUCAGCAAGCUCAGGGUCAGGCUCCAGCUCUCCCAUCACAGUUCAGCAACAUCCCAGACUCAUCCUCACAGACAAUGGCUCUGCACCAACUUUUUGUAGUGAUGAUGAGGACGUUGCACCGUUGUCAGCCAAGUUUGCUGAUAUUUAUCCAUUGAGUAACUAUGACGAUACCGAGGUGGUGGCCAACAUGAAUGGGAUCCACAGCGAACUGAAUGGUGGUGGGGAAAACAUGGCCCUGAAAGAUGAGUCCCCACAGGUGAGCAGCACCAGUAGUAGCUCUUCAGAAGCUGACGAUGAAGAAGUGGAUGGUGAAAGCAGUGGGGAGCCCCCAGGAGCUCCAAAGGAAGAUGGGGCCCUGGGAAACGGGAGCCCCAGGACAGAGGAAAGUAAAGUGGACACUCCACCCCCUUCUUACCCAGCCCAGCAGGCUGAACAAGCUCCGAACACUUGUGAAUGUCAUGUUUGUAAACAAGAAGCCUCUGGGCUGACAGGGUCAGCAGUGACUGCCGGAGCCCUUCCUCCUGGCCAUCAGUUCCUGAGCCCAGAGAAGCCUACACCCCCUGCACUACAUCUGUACCCCCACAUCCAUGGACAUGUGCCUCUGCACACCGUUCCACACCUGCCUCGCCCUCUCAUCCACCCGACCUUGUAUACAGCACCCCCUUUCCCACACAGUAAGGCUUUACCACCAGCACCUGUUCAGAAUCACACAAAUAAGCAUCAGGUAUUCAAUGCAUCUCUUCAAGACCAUAUUUAUCCGAGCUGUUUUGGGAAUACUCCAGAGUGGAAUAGUUCUAAAUUUAUAAGUCUUUGGGGAUCAGAAGUGAUGAAUGAUAAGAACUGGAAUCCUGGCACUUUCUUGCCAGAUACAAUUUCUGGGAGUGACAUAUUAGGGCCAGCACUCUCAGAAGCAAGCCCUGGAACCCUUCCACCUCCAUCUAGCAACGAGGCACCUGCAGUUUCGGAUAGUAAAGAGAAAAAAAGUGCUGCAAAAAAGAAAUGUUUGUACAAUUUCCAAGAUGCUUUUAUGGAAGCAAACAAAGUUGUCAUGGCCACCUCCUCCGCCACAUCCUCUGUGUCCUGCACAGCCACCACGGUGCAGUCAAGCAACAGCCAGUUCAAGGUGUCGUCCAAGAGACCCCCAUCGAUAGGUGAUGUCUUUCAUGGCCUCAACAAGGAGGACCACAGACACUCAGCACCUGCUGCCCCGAGGAACAGCCCCACAGGCCUGGCCCCGCUUCCAGCCCUCUCUCCUGCCUCGCUCUCCCCAGCCUCCACACCUCACCUUGCAAAUCUUGCAGCCCCAUCAUUCCCCAAAACUGCAACCACAGCUCCUGGGUUUGUGGACACGCGUAAGACCUUCUGCCCUGCCCCCAUGGCACCCCCGCCCACCACCACAGAUGGCUCCAUCAGCGCCCCUCCCAGUGUCUGCAGUGACCCUGACUGUGAAGGGCACCGCUGCGAGAACGGUGUCUAUGACCCACAGCAGGAUGAUGGGGACGAGAGUGCAGAGGAGGACAGCUGCUCUGAGCAUAGCUCCAGCACCUCAACAUCAACCAAUCAAAAGGAGGGCAAGUACUGUGACUGCUGCUACUGUGAGUUCUUCGGACACGGCGGGCCUCCCGCUGCUCCAACAAGUAGAAAUUAUGCAGAAAUGCGGGAAAAGCUUCGUUUGCGGCUGACCAAGAGGAAAGAAGAGCAACCUAAAAAAAUGGAUCAGAUCUCGGAACGAGAAAGUGUUGUUGACCAUCGAAGGGUAGAGGAUUUGUUACAGUUUAUAAACAGCUCAGAGACCAAGCCAGUAAGCAGUACUCGGGCAGCCAAGCGUGCGAGGCAUAAGCAGAGAAAGCUGGAGGAGAAGGCACGCCUGGAAGCUGAGGCCAGGGCACGGGAGCAUCUGCACCACCAGGAGGAGCAGAGGCGGCGGGAGGAGGAGGAGGAGGAAGAAGAGGAGGAGGAGCAUCAUUUCAAGGAAGAAUUUCAGCGGCUUCAAGAGCUUCAGAAGCUAAGAACUGUAAAGAAGAAGAAGAAGGAGAGGCCAAGUAAAGACUGUCCCAAACUGGACAUGCUUGCUAGAAACUUCCAGGCAGUGACAGAGUCUGUCCCUAACUCUGAAAAUAUUCACAAUGGCUCAGUAGAGCAAUCCGAAGAACCAGAAACCUCGUCUCUCUCCCCUUCAACACAUGUGAACCACUCAGAGCCCAGGCCAGGGCUGGGAGCGGAUGGGGAUGCUGCAGACCCUGUUGAAGCCACAGACUCCAAACUCCUCCUCCCUAGGGAGGUCAAUGGGAAGCAGCAUGAGCCAUUAGCUUUUUUCUUGGACAUGAUGCAUCACCAUAAAGAGGGAAAUGGGAAACAGAAGCUAAAGCAGACCAGUAAGGCCAGUAGCGAGCCAGCAAGGAAGCCCACAGAGCCCCCCAAAGCCACAGAGGGUCAGCCCAAGCCCCGGGCCCAGACUGAGGCAAAGGCUAAAGUGGUUGAACUCACUUCCCUCUCAGAGCAGAAAAGAGAAGAGAGAAAAGUUAAUAGUAAUAACAAUAACAAAAAGCAGCUAAACCACAUCAAGGAGGAGAAGUCAAGCCCAGCCCUCCAGGAGCCCCCAUCUCCCAGCCAACAUCAGCAGAACGGGCGGCUCAUACUGGCAGAUUCUCCCCAGCCAAAGGGCAAGAACAAGAAAAGUAAGAAGAAGAAAGGAGAGCGAGCCAGCAGUUCAAUUGAUGAUGUCUUUCUGCCUAAAGAUAUCGACCUGGACAGUGUGGAUAUGGAUGAGACCGAGAGGGAAGUGGAAUAUUUUAAAAGGCAGCUCCACAGCUUCUACACCUCAAGGGGCUCCUGGACUCGCACCCCAGGAAGCACAAGAGCAAGCUGAGCAGCAUCAUCAUCCAGCAACAGAACGGGCAGGCUCAUGGAGGAAGUUCACAGAGUGUGCUGAGUGGAAGAGGCACUAAGAAGACAUCCACCCAGGACGUUCCCAUCUCUAGAAGCUCACAAACCCUCACGAUCAAGCUGCUAUGAGAGAGGCUAAUCACACAAAUGCCAGAACAGUGACUGCACCCCUGGGAGAGGGCAGCAGGGCACUGGGGGCAGUCACUUGGGUCACGCUGCAUCCUAGUGACCUUGUGUGCCUAUUUUUUGUGCCUGGUACCGGCAUGCAGUCUAGAGUUGAUGCAGGCCUGAUGGGGAGGCAGUACAGUCUGGUCUCACCGGGCCCAGGGUCCUUGGGGAACAGCUUGGGUUUACUGCGCAGAAUUUAGAUACCCAUUGGAAGCCUUGGUGUGGCUUAGAUUAGGGUUUUUCAUUGAUUUGCUUUGAACCGGGAUGUGAUUUCUUUUUUUGAGUAUUUUAAUUGCUAUGUAGAGAACGGAAUGGCGGGGGGUGGGGGUGUCACACUAAUGGAGACGAUCUGGAAGCACUUGCCAUUUGAAGGAGACAGUAGAAGCAGAAGUAGAAGUUUCCAGAAAGUUUAGAAGUUUACAUCACAUACACAAGGCUUGACCUGCUGUGGCCAGGGAGAAGGAUUCUUGGAUUCUGAGAGAUGGCACCACCCUUCCCUAGUAGACCUCAGCUUUCCCUCUACAUGGGCAGAGACCACUGGCCAGCAACACACAGUUGGGGACACACAAAUGUCUACGGUUAAAUGAUUUAACCACAAUUUAAGCAAAUUCCAUUUGUCCAUUGAAUGAGAGACACCACCACCAUUCUCCUGUUUCACUUUCAGAUCUGCUACCUAAGUUAGAGUUGGAAUGAUGAGAACUGCAAAAUUACACAAGGGUUUUAAACAAAAGAAAAUGUUCUUUACUUCAUUUAAUACGAAGUUGGCUCUUGCUGCCUGGGAAAUGAGGCCAAGUAUAGACUUUCUCAAAAGCUGUUUAGUAUGCAAUGUUUAUGGACCAGAGCACAGUGAGCCUAGAGGCUGGCCUGAGUCUGUGCAGGGGACAUGUCCUCUGAGACAGGAGUGCAGGGUAGAGUGCUGUAACCCUGUCUCGCUGUCAUGAGUCCUCGUGACAGUGUGAAUUCCUGAGUAAGUUAAGACAGGCAGAGAUCCCAGCAUUGUCCUUAGUUUAGGUUAUGUGCCAGCCCCAGCCCCACAUGAAAAUUUUGUGACACAUGAAAAUUAUACAAAGCACAACUUUACUCUUUGUGUGAAUAGAACUUUGCUGGUGUUCAUCUGUGCUCACUUGCUGCCCACUGCUGUUGGGCUGUUGUGGAGGGUGUGCACUUGUCACGACUGCUGGCCUGUCACAGAACACAUGGGUCAACCCCGACAAUCCUUGAUAGCUGUGGCCUCAGGCUUGCCGUGGAGCCCUUCCCAGCAGUUCAUGUGGGCAAGGCUCAGGCAGAGCUGCUUCCAUCUGCCCUCCCAGCUAUGGAUAGCUGUGGCUGUCCCCUUGCCUGCCCAGCUACAAGGACUGAGAUAUGGAGCUAGCUGGUGGCUUCUUUCCUGUCCUCAUGGGGAGCUUAGGCCACACACGAGAGCCUGCAGGGCAUGUGUUAACACAGCCCGCUCCCUGCCAACCAGUGCCAGAAUUGCCACCCUGGAGUCCUGCCUCAAGACAUCUUCCAGUCCCGUCAUCCUCCCAUCAGCCCUGCCAGUCUUGUCUGAGGAGCACGGUUGCAAACCCCACUCCCACCCUGCCCAGCUGCUGCCAAACUGUCACCUGCUCCCCAGGAAGCUGUAUCUGAAGUAGUAGCCUUUGGAUUAAGGAAGUAGUGACCCUCCCAGCCCUUUGUCCUUAUCCUUGCCAUAGCCACAUCAAGAAGGACAGGGUGCUAGCCAAUGGCAGCUGUUCUUAGAUGAGCCAGUGAGCACCUUCCCGUGAGGAAGCUGAAGGAGGCCUGUAUCCCUUAACAGUGCUGCCUCUGCCUUCCCCCAUGUGGAGCCAGCUACUUUCUGAAGGAACCCUGGUUGUUCCUGGAGCAUGAGGUGGAAAACAAAAAUCACCAGAGACCACACAGGCCAUGUGGUCAGUGUCCUGAAAAUGGGGCCCCUGCCUCCCAUUCUCCAGGGCAAGGAGGGAGUCCUGGGCUUCAGAUCCCACUCCCUGACUCACACCCACCUCCAGUGAGUUUCUGGCAAGAUUGGGGCUGACAAGGUUGGCCAGGCCCCAGCCUGGGUGGGGGCUGCCUCCUUCAUCAGCCUCUUGUCUUUGCAGGUUCUGCUUGGACUCCGCUAGACAGACCCGACAGAGACUAUCCAUCAACUGGUCCAACUUUAGCUUGAAAAAAGCCACUUUUGCUGCCCACUGAACAAAGACCACAUGGAGAGGGACACGCGGGAGGAGGCCAGGCUGUGCCACCUCAAGAGCUGAGCCCCUCGCCGGCCCCCCAGAGCUGCCGUGUCCACCCAGGGCAGGGCAGGGUGGGGCGCCGCAGCCUGAGACCCAGACCGAGAACUUGCUGCUCGACCCGCGUUGUAGCUCGUGUGCGUGUAGUCUGUGAGUGAGACUUCUUUGAUUGUAGCUCUGUGCAGUCGGAUUGGAACAGUAGUUCCUGCCAGUUCCUCCCACCACCGCGGCCUCAGAGGUGUGGGCCAUGGCCAGAGAUGAGUGCAGCAUACGCGUGCUCCGUUGCCUCUGCAUCGCGCCCAUCCUGAUGUCUGUCCCGCUGGGUGUCGCCAUCCCUCAGCUCCCAUGUGCCCUGCGUCCCAUCAAGGCGGGCUGGGCGGGCAGGCCUCCGUUCUUCAUGAUCUACUGUUUCCAAGUGUACACGUUGCACUGUUUGUGUUUGAUCCCCUGACUCGUAGCCAGCUUGUGUAAGACCCCUUGCAGAAUGAGAACGUUAAAAACAAGAAAUCCACCCAGUACUCACACCAUCACGUCUGUUCUAGAGCGUGCGACCGUACUGACACGGAGGCCUGCCUGGCUACUUUUUAACAUAUUGUUAAGUAAUAUUAAAAUCAUGUCUUUCUUUUUGAAAGAUGGAAUACAUUAGUACAGCAGGA